AUGCUAUCGCACAUGCGCUCGGCAAGAAGGAUCGGGGCCAGAGGCCUUGGCGCCAGAGGCUUGGCCUCGGCGCAGGCGCCGGCCAGCGUGUCGACGCCAACGGUGAUCAAGACGCUUGGGAGCGGCGUGCAGGUGGCCAUCGACCCGACGCCCUCGUACUUCUCCGCUCUGGGCGUCUACGUGACGGCCGGCAGCAGGUACGAAGGCACGUACGGGCUGACGGGGUGCUCGCACAUCCUGGACAAGCUCUCGUUCAAGUCCACGGCCAACCACUCGGCCAAGGCGAUGGCAGACGCCCUCAACCGGCUCGGCGGCAACUACAUGUGCGCCUCCUCGCGCGAGGCGAUGCUCUACCAGGCCAGCGUGUUCAACCCGGACGUGGAACACAUGUUCGAGCUCUUGGCGCAGACGGUGAGCGAGCCUCGCCUCUCGGACGAGGAGAUCAGCGAGCAGCUCAUCAGCGCCGAAUACGAGCUCAACGAGAUCUGGCUGCAGAGCGACUUGAUCCUGCCCGAGCUCUUCCAGCAGGUGGCGUACAGCAACGCCAACCUCGGCUGCCCGCUCUUGUGCCCGCAGGACAAGCUGUCCUCCCUCAACCGAGCACAGCUCCUCAAGUACAGAGACACCUUCUACAGACCUGAAAACAUCGUCGUGGCCUUCUCCGGCGUCGACGAGAAGACCGCCGACCAGCUUGUCGCCAAGUACCUCCCCUACAGCGGCUCCUCCGCCUCCCCCUCCCAGCUAAUCAAGGAACCCGCCAGGUACACCGGGGGCGAGUUCUCCCUGCCCGUUCCAGAGGGCAUCGAGUACCGCGGCGAGGAGUUCCACCACAUAUACGUUGGCUUCGAAGGCGUCGACAUCUCCUCCGAGGACGUCUACAAGCUCGCGGUGCUGCAGAUGCUCAUUGGCGGAGGCGGCUCCUUCAGCGCCGGCGGACCGGGCAAGGGCAUGUACUCCAGAGCUUACACACGCGUGCUCAACCAGUACGGCUUUGUCGAGAGCUGCAAGAGCUUCAUCCACAACUUCACCGACAGCGGCUUGUUUGGCCUCUCGCUCUCGUGCGUGCCGCAAGCCGACCGCGUCAUGGCCGAGUUGAUCGGCUAUGAGCUCAACCUCCUCAUGUCCCGCGACAUCGGCAAGGGCGGCAUCUCCGAGCAUGAGGUAUCCAGAGCAAAGAACCAGCUCAAGAGUAGUCUCAUGAUGAACUUGGAGAGUAAGAUGGUCCAGUUGGAAGACAUGGGCAGACAGGUGCAGAUCUACGGCAAACGUGUCGACGUGUUGGAGAUGUGCGCCAAGAUCAACCAGGUCACACGCGACGACCUCAUUGUCAUGGCAGAGAAGAUCUUUACGGGCAGCGAGCCCACCAUUGUCGUACAGGGUGACAGAGAGGCUUUUGGCGAUAUCAGAGGCAUGUUGGCCAGAUAUGGCUUGGGCAAGACGGCGUCUGCGUCCGCAGAAAAGAAGGACAACACCACGUCCAGAAGCAGAGGAUGGUUCUAG